UGUUCUCUGUGCCAAUUUCACAAAAUGUGUACAAAAUUCUGAGAUAUUUCCUAAUUGUAUGAAGCAGUGUAUAUAGGGGUACAACAAUAGUGAUGGUUCAGUUUGGUUAUGGAUAUAAAUAUGCACACAGGCAUCUCAGUCUCAGUUCAUACCUUCCUAACACAUAUAGCACACCCAGGACAAGAAGUUGUCCAGAUGCAAGUCCUUAGCAAUAACCACAGAUGUAAAUAACAUUUAAUAAAUGAGAAACAUCCCCAUGUCCUUGACAUUGCAACUUCUCAUCCAUUUCCCAACACCAUUAAACACAUUACCAAAUCUCAUGAGAAAUGAUUGAAGUUUUUAUUUUCUGUUUUCAACUUUUAAAGAGUAGAGGGGGAAAUAAAACAGCCAGAUGGGGCAACUGCCAUUUCAUACUCGGCACAAUGUUCCAGCCACCUGCGGUAGCCACCAUGUCGUGGGCCCUACUUUCUGUGCUCUGGCUGACCGUUCAAACUCAAGCAAUAGCCAUAAAGCAAACUUCUGAACUAAAACUCCAUGAAAUAGUUCAUCCUACAAAACUACACAGUUUACACAAAAGAGAGAUCAAGAACAAUGGGCCAGAGAAGCAUGGUGAAGAGGAAAGAUAUGAAUCUGAAAUUAAGUAUCAGAUUAGAUUAAAUGGAGAAGAAAUAAUUCUUCAGCUACAGAAAACCAAGCAUCUCCUUGCUCCAAACUACUCUGAAACUUACUACACACCCAGAGGAGAGGAAAUCACCAGAAGCCCUCAGAACAUGGAACACUGUUACUAUGAAGGACUCAUCCUAAAUGAAAAGAGUUCUGUUGCCAGCAUCAGUACCUGUGAUGGGCUGAGAGGAUACUUCACACAUCGUGGUCAAAGAUACCUGAUAAAGCCCCUGAAAAGCACAGACCAGAAAGAACAUGCAAUCCUUACAUACGACCGAGAGGAACUGCACCCAGCGAAUCACACGUGUGGCGUGAGACAUGUUGGCAGGAAGCAAGGUCGUGUUCGAAUUUCUAGGUCACCCAAAAGUACAGAGCAAGAAGACUUUCUUCAGGCACAAAAAUACCUUGACCUGUUUUUGGUGCUGGAUAAUGCCUUUUAUAAGAUCUAUGAGGGAAAUCUAACCCGGAUGAGAAGUUUUGUAUUUGAUGUUGUGAACCUACUCAAUGUGAUUUUUGAAACCAUAGAUGUCAAAGUGGCCUUGGUAGGCAUGGAAAUCUGGUCUGAUAGUGAUAAGAUAAAAGUGGAACCCAGCAUAGGCACCACGUUUAACAACUUCCUGAGAUGGCAUCAAUCUAACCUGGGGAAAAAGAUGAUCCAUGACCAUGCUCAGCUUCUGAGUGGAGCUGCCUUCAGCAACCGACGUGUUGGGAUGGCAGCAUCAAAUUCCUUGUGUUCCCCAUCCUCUGUUGCUGUUAUUGAGGCUGGAAAAAAGGAUAAUGUAGCUCUUGUGGGAGUGAUGUCGCAUGAGCUGGGACAUGUACUUGGUAUGCCUGAUAUUCCAUAUUUCACCAAGUGUCCCUCCGGCAGUUGUGUUAUGAAUCAGUAUCUGAGUUCAAAAUUUCCAAAGGAUUUCAGUACUACCUGCCGCUCACAUUUUCAAGAAUACCUUUUAUCUCGAAAACCAAAGUGCCUACUGGAACCUUCAGUUUCUAAAAAUAUAACAAAACCAGUGUGUGGGAACCAACUUCUGGAAGUGGGAGAAGAAUGUGACUGUGGCUCUCCUAAGGAAUGUGCCAGUCCUUGCUGUGAGGCUGUGACCUGUAAAUUCAAACCUGGAAGCAAUUGCAGAGACACUAAAAAGCAUAUCAUAAAAUGAGUCAAAAAGUCUACUUCAAUGAGAUGCAGCCUGGCCAAGACAACUCUCAAGAACGCUAGCCAUGCCAACAAUCUUGCAUAUUUUUGCCUUUGUACACUUGUACUUCUUUUUCACAUGUCAUUCUACAUUCCAUAUUUUUGUCAGGUAUCAGAUACAUAAAUAUACUUAAAGCAGUUGCCUUUUUUUAAGGCCUGAUCUUACUAUAAUGUAUUUUCAAGGACCAUGAAGCUUUGGCAUAGCUCUGCUCUUUGGAAAACAAAAGAAAUUAGCCUUUGACCAAAGCACCUAAAAAUAUACCCCUGAAUUCUUUGGAAUCCAAAAUUGUAAACUGGAAGGAACUUGCACUGUAACCCCACUUCCAUUUUAUUAGUAGCCUGAGAAAAAAUAAGAACACUUGCAGAGGGAAGGCAUUGGUGGCAGAAAGGCAAUAGGAUCCUGGCUUUGUGUUAUGUUCGGUGAUCACCUUGCCUGCUUCUUGCAAGUUGGCAUUCUUCUAUGUCAUGUCAAGAUUAAUUAACUAUAAACACUGUACCCCUUUGUGUUAUCCUUUGCACAUUUUUCACAUCACAUAUAAGGUAUGUUUUGAGAAGUGUGUACUGCUUACUUUCUUAAUGGACCCAGCCAGAAAGGCUUCCUUCAUCUAUCAAUUUAACAAGCCAUUAAUGCCAAUAAAAAUACAAGUUC